GCCGGGAGCGGGCGCCAGAGCUGAGAGGCGCGGUUGUGCGCGCCGCCUUUUAUAGCGCUCGGGCCAGGGGCUCCGACGGAUUCUGGGCUCCUCCAACACUCUCUUGCGCCCCGGGGUAACUGCAGCCCAAACUCCCCAGCCUCCGAGGCACCGCGGAAUCCGAACGACCUCGCCGCCAGCUCGUGGACAUGACGACCCCUGCCUGGCUCCAGCUCCCGCGCUUCCAGACCGCGGUCGCUCGGACGCUCCUGCUCGGCUGGGUCCUGGCCCGGGUGGCCCGUGCUGAAGGCACUCCAGUUAGAGCAUAUAAUUUAACUUGGAGAUCAACUAAUUUCAAGACAAUUUUGGAGUGGAAACCCAAACCCAUCAAUUAUGUCUACACUGUUCAGAUAAGCUCUGCAUUAGGAGACUGGAAAAGCAAAUGCUUCUCCAUAACAGAUACAGAGUGUGAUCUCACCGAUGAGAUUACUCAGGAUGUGUACCAGACGUACUCCGCAAGGGUCCUUUCCCUCUUGCCCAAGAACUCAAAUAACACCGGUUUUGUUGGGGAUCCUCUCUAUAGGAAUUCACCAGAGUUUACACCUUACCUGGAGACAAAGCUUGGACAGCCAAAAAUUCAGAGUUUUAAACAAGUUGGAACAAAACUGAAUGUGACAGUACAGGAUACACAGACGUUAGCCAGAGGCAAUGGCACUCUACUAAGGCUUCGGGAUGUUUUUGGCAAAAGCUUAAGUUAUACACUUUAUUAUUGGAGAGCUUCAACUACGGGGAAGAAAACAGCCACGACAAAUACAAAUGAGUUUUUGGUUGAUGUAGAUAAAGGACAAGAUUACUGUUUCCUUGUUCAAGCUGAGACUCCAUCCAGAAAAGCUAACAAGAAGAGUCCAGAAAGCACCAUUCAGUGUACAAGGCAAGAGAAAGGUGUAUUCAGACAAAUGUUCCUCAUCGUGGUAGCAGUGAUUCUGAUCAUCAUCAUUGCCCUCAUCCUGUCCCUGUCUCUGCACAAGUGCAGAAAGGCCAAAGCAGGGCAGAGUGGGAAGGAAGGCUCACCACUGAGCAUUGCAUAGAGGAAGUGCAGUUGGAGCUGCACACUCCUGCACAUGCUGCAUUGCAUUAGGACCAAGAAUGUCUCGGAGAACCUGUGCAACCACACAGAACAUGGAGCCCUGUGGGUUUAAGAAACCUCCUUAUGUAACCUGUUAUUACAGUCAGCGCUGUGAUAUUGAUAUCAACGUCACUCACUUUGGAAUGUAACAAAUAGUACAACCAAUUCCAGGUUGUUUUAAUUUUUAACACUAUACACUAUGGUACCUUUUGCACAUAUCAUGCCUUAGAUUGUAUAUUCUGCACUCAGAAAGAAACUAGGCCAUCAAGGCAAAAACAAUUGAACAGUGCCUUAAAAUAUCUGUGGUGAACUUUGGGAGAACUUUCAAGAGGCUGACUUCAAAUGCUAUUGGAAAACAAAAUGGAAAUUGGGUAGACUUCUAAUGUACAUCUGUUCUUUUAUAAUAUGGUGUUUAGGUUCUUUUUUUUUUCUAGGAGUGCUCUUGGAAGUUCAGAUUAAUUGGCAAACUUUUAUAUUGUGUUAAAUACAGGAGACAUGUAUUUUGGGUACCUUUCAGUUCAGCACUUUAACUGACUUAAAUGGUGUUUAUUAAACAUCUGACAGCUAACUAUAUAUUUUUAUAAGACUACUAGUGACAGAAACUACAUAAAGUUUAUGAUUUAAGGUACGUAAA